UUGGCUGCUUUUAUGUACGCUGAUGAUAUCGCACUGGUAGAUGGGGACAAAGGAUGGCUCACCAGGCGCGUGCACGCAUGGAGGGAGGUGCUUGAGAACGGCGGGCUGAAGCUAAACGUGGCGAAGACGGAGUUUAUAGCCUGCAACAGCACAGAUCUGACGUCUCUCCGUAUAGGCCACGACACUGUCAAGCGCACGGACAACUUCAGGUACCUCGGAUCUGUGCUUGAUGCGUCCGGGGACAUCGAUAGCGACAUCAAGGCCCGUAUAUCAGUGGCCUGGGCGAAAUGGCGCGAGGUGACGGGUGUCAUUUGUGACCGCAAAAAUGCCGGUCAAACUGAAGGGACAGGUCUAUAA